UUCCUGAAUCCGCACAAUGCUCUCCCGCGCAGUGCUCGCCACCGCCAUGCUCGGCUCUGCCGCCGCCUUUUCCCCCUCCAUGUCCAUGGACAUGGGACGUAGAGAGGUCGUUCAGACUGGAGCUGCCGCCGCCGCCGUUGCUCCAUUCCUGAAGGCCAAGCCGGCUGGUGCAUAUUACCCCAAGGACUCCCUUGCUCCCGUCAUCACCACCUUCGAUCACCAGUUCUGCGAUCGUGCCCCCAAGGAGUACGUCGGACCCGCUUCCGGCGACGAGGACGACAACCGCUGCGUGAAGGUUGCUCUCAGCAAGAUCACUGUCAGCGAGACCGAGGCUGCUGCUGCCCUCCAAGAGUUCAUCUCUUACAGGGCCAAGGGGAUUGAUGGUGACUUCAGGGGAGUUGUGAGGAGCGAUGCUGUUGGCAGUGCCCCAGCGGCGUCCGAGGACAAGGGGGGCUUGUUCUCCAAGAAGGCUGACAAGAAGGCUGACGCCAAGAGCAACGACAAGAAGAAGGGUGGUCUCUUCGGAUUUGGUGGAUAAAUUGCAUGCUCUACUUCGAGAAUGCGUCGUCCGAUGCUCGAAAUUCUGGGUCAGAAUGACAUUAAAGCCAAUGAAUUUGAUCUUUGUUUCGAACAUGUCGAAGGAUGAUAAGGAUAAUACGAAUAUUUCAAGUG